AUGCCACACUCGCCACGCACACAACAACAACUACGAAUUAAAACUAUUAAAAGAUCUAUAUUUAACAUAGGCUCAGAGAAAAUACUAGAAAUAGCGAACUCAGAAACAAGAAUGGCACUCAACCAAUUAAAAAACAACAAUUGUGCAGGAGAGGAUACAAUUAUAGUAGAGAUGCUGAAAAUUAGCGGCAGAAAAACAGUGCACAUAUUGAAGAUUCUUUUCUAUAAAAUAUUUGACGAAGAAAAGAUUCCACAAGAUUGGUAUGACUCCGAAACUAUCUUAAUAUGCGAGAAGGGAGACAAUACAAAUAUUGAAAACUACCGACCAAUAUUUUCAGUAUCACAGCUCUACAACCCGUCGAACAGGUUGAAUUCAGAAAAUGCUUUGGAACCACAGAUCAGCUAUACACCAUAA